UCAUGCGCUCUUGUUGUCGUACAGUAGCCGAAUAGCAAGCAAAUAUGAAUGCAAAUAGCUUUUACUCUUCUGUCGAAGCGAACUUGAUCUAAAUCAUCAGAUAUUUUGCGGUUUUUUGUCAGGAUCACAAUCGCCAAGAGUUGAGGAGAACUGCACAAAGGCUCCUGCAUCCGUUUAGCCUGCGUUUCUUAUAAACAAACAUGAAUCAGUAUCUAUUUGUUCUUCUUUCUUUUGUGCAUGUAUUGGCGGAUCCGGAUUUUGCAAAAUUUGAUGGUGCCCCGCCUUCUAAAAUAGCUGUUGUGGGAGCUGGAAUUGGAGGAACCGCUACAGCUCACUUCCUUAGGCAACAUUUCGGACCGGAAGUGAGGAUUGAUGUAUUCGAGAAAGGGUCAGUCGGGGGUCGUCUGGCUACAGUCACUGUGAACCACCAAGACUACGAGUCCGGUGGAUCCAUCAUUCAUUCCCUCAACCUGCACAUGCAAGACUUUGUCCAGCAACUGGGGCUGAAGUACCGAAAGAGUGUGGCUGGGAAAACAGCAGUGUUCAAUGGAGACGAGUUUAUUUUGGAGGAGACGGAUUGGUACCUGUUGGAUUUGUUUCGCUUGUGGUGGCGCUAUGGGAUCAGCUUCAUCCGCCUGCAGAUGUGGGUGGAGGAGAUCAUGGAGAAGUUUAUGAGAAUCUAUAAAUACCAGGCCCAUGGCUAUGCCUUCAGUUCAGUAGAAGAGCUGCUGCACUCUCUUGGGGGUUCAGGAUUUAUCAACAUGACCCGCCGCUCGCUUUCCGAGUCUCUGUUAGAGUUGGGCGUCUCCCAGCGCUUCAUUGAUGAAGUCAUAGCCCCCAUCAUGAGGGUCAACUACGGCCAGAACAUCAGCAUCCCUGCGUUUGUUGGUGCUGUGUCUCUAGCUGGGGCACAGGCCAAUCUCUGGGCUGUGGAGGGAGGAAACAAACUGGUUUGCUCAGGACUGCUUAAUCUAGCAAAAGCUAAUCUCAUCCAAAGUCCAGUUACAAACAUUACCCUCCGAUCAACAGGAGAUUACCACCAAUAUGAGCUCACCUACGACUCUCAAAAUGAAAAGUCAUCAGAGCUCUAUGACAUUGUAGUAGUAGCGAUGCCUCUCCAGCAAAACAUCAACUCGGGCAUCUCAUUCCAGGGCUUUGAGCCACAACUUCCAGAAAUAGCGGGCUCCUAUCACCAAACUGUGGCCUCCAUCAUCCACGGCUACCUAAACUGCUCUUACUUCGGCUUCCCCGACCCAAAGCUCUUCCCAUUUUCCAGCAUCCUGACCACAGACACUCCCGGACUUUUCUUCAACAGCGCCGCCAGCGUCUGUCCGGUCAGCAUAACCUCCGGCUUCCGCCGAAAGCAGCCUCAACAGGCCGGAGUCUACAAGGUCUUUUCCCCAAAACCUCUGGAGAAGAGAGAGCUGAAGACACUUUUUAAGUCCUACUACUCGGUGCAGGUCACAGAUUGGUUGGCGUACCCUCACUACGGAAGCACCCAGGGCUUGCCACCGGUGGUGCUGCACGAAAACUUGUACUUCCUGAAUGGAAUCGAAUGGGCUGGGAGUGCGAUGGAGAUGAGCUCGGUGGCAGCUAAGAAUAUAGCACUGUUGGCCUACCACCGCUGGAAUAGACAGCUGGAAAUGAUUGACCAGAAGGACCUCAUGCACAAAGUGAAGACAGAAUUGUGACACAGCCCAUACUGUAUGUCAUUAUAAAGACACUGUGAAGUAUGAUAAGAGGGAUUAUACUUGUCAAACCUGUUAAGAGACUAAGCAACAGCAUGUUUUCGAUUCAGCACAACGCGGCUUAUGUUUUAGUUUUCCUUUUUUGAUGCAAGAUGCAAAAAAGGUUGCAUGUCUGCUUGUCUGCCAGAUGUUUGGUGAAGGCGAACAGCAGUGUGGUCUCAGGCUAAACGCGCGAUCUGUAUCAGGCAGCGGUAAUGCGUGGGACGUUUUCUCCAUUACUGACCAGCUUGAUGCUUCUGUGAGCUCACUUGUCAUGAGCUAAUGUGAUGAAGUGAAAACGUUGUGUGGAAAGACGUGAGAGUAAUUCUCCAUUUGUUUAGGAUUGUUUUUUAUGUUUGCUGAAGAAGUCUUACAGUUUCACGAUUCCAAUUGAUCUUGUGUUUGUGUAAUGUCACUGGGCAAGGAAAAGUAUUAGCAGGAUUUUUAGCUUUGGAAUCUAAUUAUUUAUUAUGAUGGCUUGACUUUCACAUUUCAAUAAAAAAUGGCUUA